GGCAAUCUGAGCGUAUCUGAGUCUUUUUGUGCGUGAUGUUGUUUGGUUGCAUUGUUGUUUGGUGGAUGGUGUGGACAUGUGAGAUGCAAUUUUCUAUUUUAUUUGUCUUCAAAUGGUUUACUCUAGAAUGUUACGUCAUAAUCGGCAGUCCGAGGAGAUGCUUUUUUGUUUUCCACACACACGCGCACACACACGGUCGGGUAAAUUGGUCGGGAUUCAAGAGAACCACUGGCAAUUGGACUCAAUUAAUUGGGAUUUCCCUCUUUGGGACCUGAGGAACAGCUUUCCCUGUCGGGCUAGACCGUGCGGUCUCGUUACGUAAGUUUCGACAGAUGAGUAAGCCCCUACCGCUUUGGAGCCGCGUACACUCACACCACACACAAACACACACACACACACAGAUAGUUUCUGAACGAGGAAAUUAUUAGAUUCUCCUCAUCAUGUCC